GUGUUCGCCAGGUGAGGGCCAACAAGGGAGGCUGCAGACAGGUAUAAAAACGAGCCUCCUUCCCUCUGUCCACACACUACCUGCUUCAUCUUCUCCAGGCCGCCUCCACCAUGCUGCGCCCCGCCCUCCUCCUCCUGCCGCUGUUCGCCGUCUCCCUGGCACACUUCAGGUACGCCUUCCCGCUCCAUUACGACGACCUCCUCAUCAGCCCGCUCGUCACCUCCUUCAGCUGCGACAACCGCCCCUACGGCUACUACGCGGACGUGGACAACGCCUGCCAGGUCUACCACGUGUGCAUGCCGCUCUUCGACGCCGACGGGGACCUGCACGGCUCCUAUCACUUCUCCUUCGUCUGCGGCAACGCGACGGUCUUCUGCCAGCAAACGCUCACGUGUAUUGUCCCCAACGAGUUCUGCCGCUGUGAGGACUCGCCAGAACACUACGACUUCGUGAAUGCGCGGUUCGCGAAGGUGCAUUAGGUAGAGGAGCUGGAGAAGUAGAGGCUGGGAUAAGAGAUUAGAGGUGGUGGAGGAGAAUUAGAGGAGGAGGUGAAGUGUGUGGGUGGGAUAUGAGAGCAGAGGUGAAGUGAUUGAGUGGGAUAUGAAAUCAGAGGUGGAGAAGUGAUUGGGUGGGAUGCGAAAGUAGAGGAGGAAAUGGAGAAGUGAGUGGAUGAGAUACGGUUCGAUAGGAGGAGGAGGUGGAGGUGAAGUGACUGAAGGGGAUACGGAAAUUAAAGAUAAGAUGCUCGUGUAAAUGGUUGCGUGAUUUUUUACUCUUUCUGUCUCUCUCCUGUCUGUCUACAUGUCUAUCUGUCGGUCUGUCCGUCUCAUUUAAGAGUUGACAUACCUGCAGCUUCUCCAUUCCGAUACAGGUCCCGAUUGUCAAAGGUCUUCUCUAAAAUCAAUCUCUAUAUUUCACCUCAUCUAUUUCUCUUCUCUAAUAAGUUUCCGCUCCCUCGCCAUGCCCUGUACACUGUAACUGAUAAAUAAACCAAAAUCGACAUUCAA